UCUUAACGGAAACCUGCGAUCCUUCGCAGCCAGCCUCCACCUUCCUCUUGCCAUUUUGAUCUGUUUGGUUCCCGAGAAUUUGAAUUUGCAGAGCCGAGAAAGACCACCACAGAGAUGGCUUCGCAGCUCAAGAAUGUCGGGAUUCUUGCAGUCGAAAUCUACUUUCCUCCUACUUGUGUCCAGCAGGAAGCCUUGGAGGCCCACGAUGGGGCAAGUAAAGGGAAAUACACUAUUGGACUCGGACAAGAUUGCAUGGCAUUUUGUACAGAGGUCGAAGAUGUCAUCUCCAUGAGCUUGACAGCUGUUACUUCCCUCCUCGGGAAGUAUGGAAUUGAUCCAAAGCAAAUUGGUCGGCUUGAAGUGGGCAGUGAGACUGUCAUAGACAAGAGCAAGUCCAUUAAGACUUUCCUGAUGCAAAUCUUUGAGGAAAGUGGAAAUACUGACAUUGAAGGUGUUGACUCAACCAAUGCUUGCUAUGGGGGAACUGCAGCUUUAUUCAAUUGUGUCAAUUGGAUAGAGAGCAGUUCGUGGGAUGGACGCUAUGGGCUUGUGGUCUGCACAGAUAGUGCGGUAUAUGCAGAGGGACCAGCUCGCCCCACUGGAGGAGCAGCUGCUAUUGCCAUGCUUAUAGGGCCUGAUGCUCCAAUAGCAUUUGAAAGCAAACUCAGGGCUAGCCAUAUGUCUCAUGCCUAUGAUUUUUACAAACCCAACCUUGCAAGUGAAUACCCGGUCGUUGAUGGAAAGCUCUCACAAACUUGCUAUCUCAUGGCGCUUGAUUCUUGUUACAAACGUUUUUGCCACAAGUAUGAAAAAUUGGAAGGUAAGCAAUUUUCAGUCAUUGAUGCUGAUUAUUUUGUGUUUCAUUCGCCAUAUAACAAGCUUGUUCAGAAGAGCUUUGCUCGAUUACUAUUCAAUGAUUUCUUGAGGAAUGCAAGCUCUAUUGAUGAGGCUGCGAAGGAAAAACUAGAACCAUUUUCAACUCUAACUGGGGAUGAAAGCUACCAAAGCCGUGAUCUUGAGAAGGCAACCCAGCAAGUCGCAAAGCCUUUUUAUGAUGCCAAGGUGCAACCGGGCACGUUGUUACCCAAGCAAGUUGGUAAUAUGUAUACAGCAUCUCUGUAUGCGGCAUUCGCAUCUCUUAUUCACAAUAGGGAUAGCUCAUUGGUAGGUCAGCGGGUUGUGAUGUUCUCAUAUGGCAGUGGUUUAACUGCCACUAUGUUUUCCUUCCGAAUUCGUGAUGGUCAACAUCCUUUCAGCUUGUCAAACAUCGUAAACGUGAUGAACGUGGAUACGAAGUUAAAGUUGAGGCACGAGUUCCAUCCGGAAAAAUUUGUCGAAAUCAUGAAGCUAAUGGAGCACAGGUAUGGGGCCAAGGACUUUGUGACCAGCAAAGAUUGUGGCCUUUUAUCUCCAGGCACCUACUAUCUCACCGAAGUUGACUCCAUGUACCGACGAUUCUAUGCAAAGAAGUCAGGGGCCAACACUAGCAGUAGCCAGGAAAAUGGAUCAGUGGCUAAUGGGCACUAGAUUAGGGGGGUAUGCAUUUACAGAAUGGUGUUCCAGAAGUUGGUUCAGCUGUUCUUUAGACUAUGCCUAUGCCAUGAGCAGCACAUCAGGUACUCAGUCAGAAGUCACCAUUGCCUCCAUAAGAUAAAAAGUGUUUGUUCCAUGCGUGUAGGCGUAGGUAUUGCUAAUAUAUAUAUAUAUAUAUAUAUGGUUUGUCCAGCAGAAAGUGUCAGUUUCUUUGUCAUAUGUAAUCCCUCCCAUCUCUGUGCUAAUCGGAUUUAAAUUUAUGUCAGAUUGUAACCAUUCUCAAUGUUUUCUAGUUUCUACUUCUGAGGAUGAAUAUUUCAUUCUGAUUAUUAAUCAAAACUGAUUCAGUCGUCA